AUGGCGGCGUUGAAAACCACCGCCUGGGUCGUCGCGACACCACCCUGCCGUGCGACCCGUUGUGAUGGUCGUCCUGCAGGGUGGCCUCUCUCCAGCCCGCGCCUCCUGCGCCUCCAGCGCGCCGCUCCGUGGCUCGGCGUCCACGACGCUGCCUCGUCCGCGCCACCUCUGGCUGUUUUUCCGAGGUGGUCCACCCACUUUUCUGGACUCCUGGUGUCCAGCAGGGGGUACCACCUAGCCAGCAUCGCGGCAGAGCUCAUUCGGGGGAUUUUCCGCGAUGUGAGGCCAUCCGGAUAUUUCUGUUUUUUACGCAUGAUCUCCGACGGGUCUGGUCAAGUUCGAGCUCCAGCAGUUCCAUUGCAUCCCUCGAGCCAGUCGUAG